AUGUCCGGGAGGUUCAAUUACUACGGGGACCAGGCGCUGAAUGCUCUGAGUAUGUGGAAGGAGAAGGUGGACGCAGAUGACAGCUUCCCCUACAACAUAAUGUUCUCUUUCGAAGACGACGAGUCGACUUCGAGCCUCUACACUUCGAAGCUGGGCGACAUGUUGAUUCCCCGCACGGUGGACUCCCCAGACGUCGUCAUCUGCCCGUACACCUCCGGGGCCACCAAGACGGUCUGCGACUUCCUUGACGACAACAACCUGUCCGUCCUGUGCGGCGCCUGGGGGGGAGCGUCGGAGAGCAUCUUCGCCUACCCCGAGGACGGGAGGGGCCAGAACCUGCGGGUGCAGUCGUUCGGCCGCGCGGGGAACUACUUCAAGGCGGGCCUCGAGUACUCCUUCGAGCAGCUCAGCGCCACCGAGGCCGCCAGGCGCCUCUCGGGCACUGCCCGCGUGCCGACCGCCGCCUUCAUCUGGCGCCAGACCGAUGCCUUCAGCAAGUCGCUCUGCAUCGGGGCCAUCGACCUGGCGACGGCGCUGGGGUUCAACAUCACCCUGCAGGCGGCCAUCGACCCGCUGGCGGACUCAGACGGUUGGCUCAAGGCACACCAUUGGCUCAAGGGGCCCCAGAGGCUCAAGGUGUUACUUCUCAAGGUCGCGACGAGGAUGAGCGAUACAAGGAAGUUGAAGGCCAAUGGCAGUGGUGCCGAAGCGCCUGAGAGGAAGACCGCUAGGGUCGACGAGAAGGACGACGAUCUCCAGGUUGACGAGUCAGCGCCCGACUGGGCCCAAAGCAUGCAGAGGAUGAUGAUCAAGAUGAUGGGGACGGUGAACAAAACGGCAACGGACACGCAGACGGUGAAGUUGCUGGCGCAGGAGGCGAAGGACGAGGCGACGGCGGCCAACGCGGCGGUCACCCAGGUUUCCGCGGACGUGGAGAAUAUGAAGAAGGAGUUGCCCAGCUUGGUGAGGGACAUCGUCAAGGGGGAGGGGCUGUCCGGGACCGUAUUUUCUUCGACGGCAGCCGGCAGCGCCGCCAAAGGCAAGGGCAAAGGCAAAUCAGAGACGGUGGAAAAAUUGAAUCGCACGAUGAAUUUCGGAACGUUUCCCCAGGACACGAAGUCGGCUGAUAUAGUUAAGUUUUUGGAGGAGGUUGUGAAGGAGGCCAAGGAGGUGGAGGAGGUCUUCGCGUACGGUCGGAAGUUCGCGGAACGCGGAGCAGUUCGUUUCAAGACUCCGGAGGCGAUGUGGGACUACCUGAAAAGUGGGGCGGCCAGCUCGCACGCGUACCAGGAGCAGAAGAUUUACGGCAACGCUGACUACAGGAAUCGCGACCCGGAGUCCGACGAGGCGAAGCGGGAGCGGGCAGUGAGAAAGCUCGUGCGGGCCAUCAUCGAAGUCAACGGGGGGGACGGGUCCAAGGUCAAGGAGCACAUUGACACGAAUUACAGGAAAGGCGUGGUAUGGUGGAAGGAGUGCAGGGCAGGGGAGUGGAGAGACGGAUCCAUGCACCUGCUGGGACCAGGUACCAGGUACCAGGCCAAGUUCGACGAGCUGCACGCCGUGGAGUAG